AUGAUUAAAUUUUUUGAAAGUGAUGAAGAGAAUGAUGAAGACAGUCACAGGGGCAGUGAUGGAGGCAGUGAUGAGGCGAGCCAUCGGGCCAGUAAUAAAAUCAGUGACGAGGGAAGUGACGAUGGAAGCGAUGAGGGUAGUGAUGAGAGCAGUGAUGAGGGCAGUGAUGAGGAAAGUGACGAGGACAGCGAGCAAUCGGAAGACGAUGAAGAUGACGACACGAAGGAGAUGGCCAAGAGGAAUGGGGGCCCACCAAAGAAAUCACUGCAAGCCCCGACAUUUGUGGAAGCCCAGGAGCCUGACUGGCCCGGGACGCUGAGGGAGCUCCUCGGCCAACAGCGGGCCUCGAAGAUGACAGAGACGACCAAUUCCUCAGAAGCCCCGAGCACCGGGACCCCCUCGGGCUUCCAGUUGAAUAAAACACACGAUGUGUAUCUCAGGAUGAAGGCGCAGCUAGAUGCACAGAUGGCAAGGAAGGUGGCGCAAGAACGUGAGGAUGCGCGGAAAAAGGAAGAAGCUAAGAAGGCAGAGAUGGAGAAAGCGACGGCCAAGGCCCGCAAACCUCGCUCCAGUCUGUGGGAUAUGUCUUCUUCGGACAGCUCGGACUCGUCCGACACGUCGGAUGAUGAUUAUCCUGCUGAACUAUUCGGCCCUCGGCCUAUCAAGCAAGAGGGCUCUGACUGGUGA